CCAUGAGGAUUUUCAGACUCAUAGAGAUAGAUCUGCCCUGCACUCCCUGAAUCUUUCUGUGUUCUCACUUGGCAGAGUUCAGACUUCUAUCCCUGCCAGCAGGAGCAUGAGCCUGACCACGUGUGAGUGGAAAAAAGUGUUCUAUGAGAAGAUGGAGGUGGCAAAGCCAGCCGACAGCUGGGAACUCAUCGUGGACCCCAACCUCAAGCCCAGUGAGCUGGCUCCCGGCUGGAAGCAGUAUGUGGAGCAGCAUGCCUCAGGCAGGUUCCACUGCUCCUGGUGCUGGCACACCUGGCAGUCGGCCCACGUGGUCAUCCUCUUCCACAUGUACCUGGACCGCACCCUGAGGAUAGGCUCGGUGCGCAUGCGCGUCUUCAAGCAGCUGUGCUACGAGUGCGGCUCGGGGCGGCUGGACGAGUCCAGCAUGCUGGAGGAGAACAUCGAGAGCCUGGUGGACAACCUCAUCACCAGCCUGCGCGAGCAGUGCUACGGAGAGGACGGCGGCCAGUACCGCAUCCACGUGGCCAGCCGCCCGGACCCCGGGCCGCACCGCAGCGAGUUCUGCGAGGCCUGCCAGGAGGGCAUCGUGCACUGGAAGCCCAGCGAGAAGCUGCUGGAGGAGGAGGCCGCCUACUCCGAUGCGUCCAAGCAGAAGGCUCAGGCCUUUGGCUACAACUUCUUCUCGCUUCGCUGGUGCAUCUUGUGGGGCGCCCUGUGUCUGCUCUUGGCCUAUCUGCAGUUCUUCUUCCGCAGCCCCACCUUCUUUUAGGGGGCCGGGUGAGGGGUUGGGAGAGGAUACAGGGUCCAGAGAUCCAGGGAGGACUCAGUCCGGUCCUGAUGCUGUUAGAGUCAGUGUGGCGCCGCGAACCAUUCAGCCACCUUUCCUGACCUCAGGUUGUGCUCUGUAGAAUGACAGGUCUGCAUUAGGCGAUAUUUAAUAGUCCCUGGAGUAAACUGUACAGUAAUGAGAGGAAGGGGAGAAGGGUGGAGGAGGCUCGGGAACCUGUAAGUUCGGCAUUAGCAGGAGAUGCACAGGAAGGUAACUUUCUUCCUUCCCUCCCUCCUCUUCCAUCCCUAGCCCUCCUGUUCCUUUAUUUCCAUAUCUCUGCCCUGUUACAAGUUAAUACUUGGUUAGGUGCUGCCUGGCCCUGGCUCAUGCUCUCCUUCUCUGUGUGUCCCGCCACGGAUCCCUUUGGUGGGCAGCAGUGGCCCCACCAGGGCACAGGGGCGGACUCACCUGGUCUGUCUUUGGGGAAGUCUGCUCCCACCAUGCUGAGAUGCUUGGAG